AUGUAUCUCCGCGCCGCCCACGCCGAGCACCACCUCCCCACGCUCCGGGCCUUCAUCCGCGCCAACCCCCUCGGCAUCUUCACGACGGCCCUCGCCUCGCCCACGCAAGCCUUCCCGCUGCUGCAAUCCAGCCACCUGCCCUUCCUCCUCGACGUCCUCGACGACGCGUCCGAGACGGAGCUGGGCACGCUGCGCGCACACAUCGCGCGGGCGAACCCGCAAAGCAAAGCCAUGAUCGAAGCCGUCACGUCAUCGUCGCCAUCCGCAUCCACAUCCCCGGCGACGACAGGCGGCCCGCGCACGCUCGAGCAAGACGUGCUGAUCCUGUUCAACGCGCCGGCGCACCACUACGUGACGCCCAAGUUCUACGCGGCGACGAAGCCGGCGACGGGCAAGGUGGUGCCGACGUGGGACUACGCGGCGGUGCAGGUGUACGGGCGGGCGCGGCUGUAUUUCGACAACGCAGACCCCGCGACGGACGCGUACCUCGCGCGGCAGGUGGCGGAGCUGUCGCGCAUGGCCGAGACGCGGGUCAUGGGGUACGAGCGGCCGUGGGAGGUGAGCGACGCGCCGGCGCCGUACGUCGAGGCGCUGAAGAAGGCCAUCGUCGGGGUCGAGGUCGAGGUGACGAGCAUGGCGGGCAAGUGGAAGAUGAGUCAGGAGAUGGGCGAGGGGGAUCGGGAGGGCGUGGUGCGCGGGUUUGAGGCGUUGGGGAGCGAGCUGGGGAGUGAGAUGGCGAGGGUGGUGAGGGAGAGGGAGGAGUUGAUGGUGCGGAGGAAGGCGGAGGGGAAGGAGCAGGCGUGA